AUGGUCUACGACGUAUAUGGAAUCGCUUGUCUUCAGACAUUCUGCCCAUUUUUAUCUCUGACUAUGCUUAAUCUUGUUAUAGUUCACAAAUUAGCAAAACUUGAUUCAAACGCAAUGAAUAAUGCCAAGAUAUCUGAUCCCGACGCCACCGUGGUGUUGACACGAAAAUCUGGAGUUUUAUCCUCUCUGAGAAUCAAUAAAAUGACAGGCUCUGUGAGGAAUGCUAUUUAUACAAUGGUUGCUAUUGUAUCGACAUAUUUAAUUUCGAACUCGCUGCAUAUAAUGCUAACAUUACUGGAAGUCACGAAAUCGCCGAUAUUGGUCGACGAAUCGGACACAUACAAGGCAUCGAUGCUUUAUACACUUCUCGGCGAUGCUGUCAGCAUUCUUUAUAUGAUUUCAUCAGCGAUUCGAAUCUUCAUCUACUCCUACUGCAAUCCGGCAAUCCGAUAUCAACUGCUUGACUUACUUGGAUGGAAGAAAUGCACAAAGAACAAUGCGAGUUUUUGCACGAGCAAUGAAUCGACGAGUGUCUAA